AUGACCUCAAUCGAGCCGAAAAACUAUGUUGGUUUUGAUACCAUCACGCGCCAAAUUGAACGGCGCCUUCUAAAACGUGGAUUCCAGCUUAACCUGAUGGUAGUUGGACAGAGCGGUCUUGGCAAGUCGACGCUCAUCAACACUCUAUUUGCGUCGCAGAUUGCGCAUUCGCACGGGCGCAAAAGCGCGGACGAGCCGGUCGAGCGCACGCCUGAGAUCCAGUCGGUGACGCAUACUAUAGUCGAGAACGACGUACGGUUGCAACUUACUGUUAUCGACACCCCCGGGUACGGCGACCAGAUGAACAACGACAAGUGCUGGGAGCCGAUAGUCAAGUACAUCAAGGACCAGCACUCGCUUUAUUUGCGCAAAGAGCUGACAGCUCAGCGUGACAAGUAUUUGAAUGACACGCGUGUGCACUGUGUAUUGUUCUUCAUCCAGCCCAACGGUCACGGUCUCAAGCCGCUUGAUGUGGUUGUGCUGAAAAAGCUCAGCGAGAUUGCCAACGUUGUGCCAGUUAUUGCCAAGUCUGAUACUAUGACUUUGGCGGAGCGUGAGAGUUUCAAAGCCAAGCUCCAGGCUGAGUUUGCCCAGUACAAGCUCCGUCUCUACCCCUAUGCCAGUGAUGAGUACGAUGUCGAGGAGCGCGAGUACACGGAGACCAUUCGCAACAUGAUUCCAUUUGCGGUUGUUGGGUCUUCGGAAACCGCGACUAUCGACGGCAAGGAGGUUCCUGUUCGUCACCACCGCUGGGGAACGGUCAACGUAGAGAACACCAUGCACUGCGAGUUUGUGCAUCUUCGCUCGUUCCUGAUAACCACCCACCUGCAGGAUCUCAUCGACACCACUGCUCACACUCACUACGAGAGCUUCCGGUCCAAGCAACUACUUGCUCUUAAGGAAAAUUCUGCUCCUCGCAAGCGUGUCGAGUCUAAAUAA